AUCCAACUUUCGAGUACAAAGCAUUUCUUCUCAAACAAACACUUCCUUUCAACAACCACUUUCCUUUCCUUUUUCUUUUCUGUUUCCUCCAAACCAAACAACGCUCAAAACCCUUCUCUCUGAUCUCAACAACAAAACAUUCAAUCCUAGCUAUCAGUUUCCUCGUACCUCAAACAUCAACACCCUUUACUAUAUAUUUUUCUUCUACUCUAAACACUUCUCAAGUCUUUCUCCAAACCCCAUUAAUUUCCAAUGGCUCCUCAUGAUAUCACCACCGCCGCUGAUGCCAAUCCCACCGGCCUAGCCAAGGCCGGUAGCAUGCCUAGCAGGGCGUAUGUUACGUUCUUGGCUGGCAACGGGGACUACGUGAAAGGUGUGGUUGGCCUGGCCAAGGGACUGAGAAAGGUGAAGAGCAAGUACCCACUGGUGGUGGCUAUCUUGCCGGACGUGCCAGGGGAGCACCGGGAGAUUCUGGUGUCUCAGGGCUGCAUAGUGAAGGAGAUUGAGCCGGUUUACCCGCCGGAGAAUCAGACCCAGUUUGCCAUGGCCUACUACGUGAUCAAUUACUCGAAGCUUCGUAUCUGGGAGUUUGUGGAGUACAGCAAGAUGAUCUACCUAGAUGGAGACAUCCAAGUUUUUGAAAACAUAGAUCACCUCUUUGAUCUUCCAGACAACAACUUCUAUGCUGUGAUGGAUUGUUUUUGUGAGAAAACUUGGAGCCACAGUCCCCAGUACAAGGUUGGCUAUUGCCAGCAGUGCCCUGACAGGUUCAAGUGGCCUGCCAAGUUAGGCCCCAAGCCUGCCCUCUACUUCAAUGCUGGCAUGUUUGUUUAUGAGCCCAACUUGUCAACAUACCAUGACCUCCUCAAGAAACUCAAAAUUACCCCUCCUACUCCUUUUGCUGAGCAGGACUUUUUGAACAUGUACUUCAGGGAUGUUUACAAGCCAAUCCCUCCAAUUUACAACCUUGUUCUUGCCCUGAUGUGGCGCCACCCAGAGAACAUCCAACUUGACAAAGUCAAAGUUGUUCACUACUGUGCUGCUGGAUCGAAGCCAUGGAGGUACACCGGAGAGGAACAGAACAUGGACAGGGAAGAUAUUAAGAUGCUGGUUAAGAAAUGGUGGGACGUAUACAACGACGAGUCAUUGGACUACAAGAACAGUGUGGCUUCUGGAGAGGUUGAAGCAGGGGCUGAGCAGAAGAAUCUGCAGGCAUUUUUGGCGGCACUUUCGGAGGCUGGCGUUAUUCCCUACAUUCCUGCCCCAUCUGCCGCUUAGUGCUUGUUGGAUCUAUAUUGAAAAUAGAUGUCAAUAGGAAUACUAAGUACAGUGUUGGAUUUUAGUUAUAUGCUUUGUUUUGGUCUUCGAUAAUUUUAAAGAUGAAGACCUUCGUAUACCUUUUUUUUACCUUGGGUCCUGUUUUUUUUUUUUUUUGUUCAAUUUGGGUUUGCCUCAGAUUCAAGUUUAUGAAGAAUACAAAAAUUUCUCUC